UCUCUCCCUCUGCUCCCGGGCCCGCCCGCCGGGCCGGCCGCCUGUCAGAGGGAGGUGGCGAUGGUGCGCACAGUGGCGGCGACGGCCCUUGGUCGGAUGGCAGGGAAGAGCAGAUGACUGGCCCAACCGACUGGCUGAAUGAAUGAAUGGCGAAGCCGAGCGCGCCAUGAGAAGCCUGCCGAGCCUGGGCGGCCUCGCCCUGUUGUGCUGCGCUGCCGCCGCCGCCGCCGCUGCCUCGGCGGGCAAUGUCACCGGUGGCGGCGGGGCCGAGGGGCAGGUGGACGCUUCGCCCGGCCCGAGGCUGCGGGGCGAACCCAGCUCCCCUUUUCUUGAGGCGACGGCUCCCACAGCCCAGGCCCCAAGGACCGGAGCCCCGCGCCCUACUGUCCGUCGACCCCCAGCCGCGACCUCUCCAGCCCGGUCCCCGGAGACCACCCCUCUUCGGGCGGCGACCGGACCCGCGCUGACCGCCUUCCAGGCGACCACCUCUCCGGAGGCGGAUAUCACGCCCACCACUCCUCGGGCGCCGACCAGUCCCGCGCCGACCACCCAUUCGACGACCACUGGCCCGGCGCCGACCACCCCUGUAGCGACCACCGUCCUGGCGCCGACCCCUCCCGGAACCCCGAUCCCCGGUCUCCCCAGAGGCAGCAGCAACAGCAGGAACAACACCAGCAGCAGCCGCAGCAGCAGCAGCAGCAGCAGCCUCCCGCCCACCCCACCUGUCACCGAGGUCUCUUCUCUUCCUCCCCCAGAGCCUGUGUGUAACUGCUCCCAGGUUGGAAGCCUGGAUGUGAAGCUCUGCAACCAGACCACAGGGCAGUGUGAGUGUCAGCAAGGCUACCAAGGGCUGCGCUGCGAAGCCUGCAAGGAGGGCUUCCACCUGAAUCACACGUCUGGGCUCUGCCUGCCGUGUCAUUGUAGUCCUCAGGGAGCCCUCAGUCACCUCUGCAACAGUUCUGGGAGUUGCCAGUGCCGAGCGGGUGUCACCGGGGCGACGUGUAAUCAAUGCCAAGAGGGAUAUUACGGUUUUAGCAAGAAUGGUUGCUUGCCCUGCCAGUGCAAUAAUCGGUCAGCCAGUUGUGAUGUUCUCACAGGUGUCUGUUUAAACUGCCAGGAAAAUAGCAAAGGGGAUCACUGUGAAGAAUGCAAAGACGGAUUUUAUCAGAGUCCUUAUGCUGAUCAAGGAUGUCUUCGCUGUCCUUGUUCAGCAGUGACAUCUACAGGCAAUUGUGUCAUAGAAAUGGAUGAAUCGGAACCUAAAUGUGUCCAGUGUAAAGUUGGUUAUACAGGCAAGAACUGCAAUACGUGUGAAAAUGGCUAUUACAACUCUGACAGCAUCUGUAUCCCAUGCCAAUGUCAUGGCCAUGUGGACCCAAUUAAAACUCCAAAGAUUUGUAAGCCUGAGAGUGGUGAGUGCAUCAGUUGCCUCCACAACACCACUGGGUUUUGGUGUGAGAACUGCCUAGAAGGUUAUGUCCAAGACCUCAAGAAAAAUUGCAUCAAGAAAGAAGUUAUUGUUCCAACACCUGAAGGUUCUACCAUUUUGGUUUCCAAUGCCUCUUUGACCACAUCAGUGCCCACCCCUGUUGUAAAUAGUACAUUUGCCCCCACAGCCCUGCAGACUAUCUUUUCAGUAAGCUCUUCUGAAAACAGCACGUCAGCCUUAGCUGAUGUAUCAUGGACUCAGUUUAACAUCAUCAUUUUGACAGUCAUUAUCAUUGUGGUUGUACUGUUAAUGGGAUUUGUGGGAGCUGUCUAUAUGUACCGUGAAUAUCAAAACCGGAAACUCAAUGCCCCUUUUUGGACCAUCGAGCUAAAAGAAGACAAUAUCAGUUUCAGCAGCUACCACGACAGCAUUCCCAAUGCUGAUGUGUCAGGAUUGUUGGAAGACGAUGGUAAUGAAGUGGCUCCCAACGGGCAACUGACCCUGACGACACCCAUACAUAACUACAAAGCCUAAGAAGCUAGCACUGUUCUCCUGGAUUGUUAAACCACAGUGCUUCCUGAGACAGCUUUGGCCCCUGGGCCAGACAAAGCCUGGGUAGAGUUUGCUGAGAAAGGAAAGGCAAAAAUAGUGCAUCUGAAAUUGUCAGGUACAAAUUUGUAAUGUGCUUAUCCUAUCUAUUGCUCUUAGUUUUCUCAUGAAGAGCAGACGUAUUCACUGUUAUUAAGGACUUGAAGUAAAGUAUAUUUUUGUACCAAACCACAAAUAUGGAGUAUGGAAAGGCUGAACCCCAUAGUGCUGCCCAAAUCCACUUUGGCCUCCAAAUAGACUGUUGGGGGGUGUUCACCUCACCGGUGGUGCCGGGAUGAUGGACAUGGAGGGGAAAGGACUGCUGGAAAACUUCAUCUCCACUCCCAAAAAUGCAUUCUUUUUUGAAGGAGGGUCAGUGAUUAUAUUCAUUUUACUAUACUAAAGUGUGCACAUCCUUGAGGACAAGCUAACAUCUAGGCUGCAGCAUAAUGAACGAUCUUAAUGGUUUCUGGAAUAAGGACAGAGCAGUCCCAAGAUGAUCUUUAGAAGGCCUGAUCUUUCCUCCUAUAACUCUUGCUCGGCGAUGACAUUAAAGCACAGGUUGCACUCACAGCAGAGAGCAGCAGGCAGCCUUGGGGUGCAGGAAGGUGAAGGUCCUCCUCAGGGGCUCAGUGUAGAUGAUAAAUUGUCUAAACAUAAGAAGCAUUCUUGCCUCUAAAGAGAUAAGGUGUACAGAGUUAAUGUAGCAUAUCUGGUCAACAUUGUAUUUGUAUCUAUUUGUAAAAACACAUGUCAUAUUUUAUCAUCUAGAAUUUAUUUGUACAGCAGUUAAUGGUGUUGUAAAAAGAAAAUAUGGAGAUUGGUUAAAAUACUGUAAAACAGAUGGCAAUAUUGCUAGAGCUGGGACUCUGGUGAGCACCCAUCAUUUUUAGUCCCUCCUUGGACACUGUUAAAAUUUAUAAGUGGUUGAAUAUUUCUAAUCCUUUCCUUUCUCAAUGUAAAAAUAUAAUUAUGUGCUCUUUGAUUUACUGUAGAUUCAAGCAAUAGAUUUUGAAGUCAGUAAUUGUUAAGCUGGGACAGACUGUGUUCUGCAAAAUACUCUGCAAAAUACUCACCUAAUUAGAUAUGGGCCACUCUCUAUAUUUUACAUAGAUUAAUAAAAAACAUCCUCACUAAAAUAUUUUUUCUUGAAUGUAAAAGAUAGUCUUCCAAAGGAUAGGAAUCUUUGAGCUCCAAAAGAAAAGCCAUCAUACCGUUGGGAUCUCUAGUUUUAAUUCCUGUGAAAUGUUUAUAGCUUUCUCACCUCCACUCCCAAACAGAAAACCUCCUACAUUUGAACAUAGCCUGUCACUCAUUUGCCAUGAGAUCUUUUCCAUCUCUCUGCAGUGCUAUAGCUCUUCUGUUUUCUUCUUUCUCGCUAUAGCAUUGCUCUGUAGUUAAGGAAAUAUAGUUAGUCCUCUUUACGUUCAAUUCCUCCCCCUCCAAAAUCUUGUUCUUAUCUAUUACAUUGGCAGAAUUGUGGAUUAAGCAAGCCAUGAAAGGUGGCAAGAAGUCAAAUAUAGAUUAUUUAUUAGGAGGAACAGAAAACUGUGAAUUGGUUCGAAAAAAGUGAAAACUUCCCGGAUUAGACCUAGAAAUGUUAGUUGACCAUUUGGUCUAACUUCCUCAGAGAAAAACCUAAAAUUUGUCACCCUCUAUAGGAGAUCCCAUAAGUUGCGCUCAGGGUUUGCAUGCUGUUUUAGAAAAUAUGUGGGAAGAUAAUUGGCCUCUGGUACUGUGAGGGUCCUUGGCAAUUGUACACAAGCAUAGGCAUUAUGUUAUAUUGAAAUAUACUAGCAUCUCUACCACCUGUUGUAGCUUACAAAUCACUUUUCAAUAUGUAUGUUCUUUGUUUCUUGUAAGCCCCUGGGGAAGGACUUGCUGUACCCAUUUUAUAGAUGAGAAGACAGGCACAGAGGAACCAAAUAGCUUGUUCAAAGCAGCACAGUGUGAGUCUUUCUAGGCUCAGAAUCAGGACUCUGAACUCUGUACCACGUGUCCUUUUAACAAUACACCUAUUUCAAAGUUUGCUUAGAUGCAGGUACAAACAGGCUAGGAGGAAUAGGCCCAUCUGUGGAUCUUUCUGAGUUUUUGUAACUACAAAGUACAAUUCAGGGCCACACAGCUAUGUAGAACUUUGUGGAGCAAAAAGUCUAGUUUAGAACACAGGAGGCUUAGUUUCUGAAAGCAGAAUUCAUGAUAAGAAAACAAAGCUGCUAAUUUGUGUUUCUUUAUAGUAAAGUAAUUUCUUUAGGAGGGAAAACUUUCUGCAAAAUUCCAAGGGAUUAUGCAAAGGUGGCGUACUUGCCUUUCUUCCUGAUACCCUAUUCCCUGAAAAAAUCAGGAUCAAAUUGAGGCUGGUGAGGAGUGUAAUUUCGUUAAACAGAAGUUAACCCAACAAAGAGAGAGUAUUGGAGUCUAAGAGCCAGUUAAAUAGCAUUCUGGCCAUAUAGAGAUUCUUUGUAAUAGACCUUUGAAGAAAUUGCAAAAAUUGAACUACAGAGACCAUUUACCUUUCCAUACUAUUUAACAGCUCCUAGGUCAUGGUCUUAUUUUUUUUGUAUAGCAUUGUUUCUUUUUUGAGGGAAGGGGGUUUUUGGCAGAACCAGGGAUUGA